AUGCCUGACCCAUUCAGAGAUGGCGUCAUCGCAAACAUCAUCACGGACAGGCUGGCAGUACUUGCCACGGUGCUGGCGUUCGAUCUGAAGCUGUACAGACACAUCACCCACGCCCAUCCGAACAAGACGUCGUGCCCUGUCUUCGACAGCAAGGUGGAGCUGUCAAGACCGAGUAAUUUCCAGUCUUCAGUCUUCAACAUUGUAUCUUGUCUGAAGAUCAAGGCAGUAGCCAACCUUCUCCAUCACGGGUACUCGGUGUUAUUCCUCGACGUGGACGUGCGAUGGAAGCAAGACAUCUGGAAGAUCGUCAGGUCGUCGCCGUGCGACUACACGUUUCAGAUCAACCGGCAUGAAUACCAAGGCGUCCCCUUCACGUACAGCGGGAGCGAUGAAGGGAACACGGGGGUGUACUAA